AACAGUACCAACAUAACAAUAAGGUUAUGUUUGUUUUCGUUCUUCACGUUCUACACUUUAUUUUUCAUAAAUAAAACUUUAAUUUCGAGAGUGACAACGGUAACAACAAAUGAUAGUGAAGAAUUUAUCUAAUUUAAGUAGUUAAAAAUAUAGUUAAUUGUUAAUAGUAUCAUCAAAUUUAUUAAUUAUUAUUCUAAAAACAAUGGCCGGUCUUUUAACAACAAGAGUUUCGCUGAUAAAAGCCAUUCAAAAAACGCCAACAUGUUUUAUAGCGCCGACACAAGUGGAAAUAAUUAGAAAUCGUAUGGGGAAACACUGGGUUCCAAAAUUUAAAAAGCAGCGAUAUGAGAAAGUUAUUAAAGUAGAACUUCCAGACAGAAAGAGACUUAAUAACUCUAAUGACUUUACAGAAGAAGAGCAACGUUCUUACAUGAAGAAAUUUGGCAUAAAACCUUACAGAACUGACUUUGAAAAGGGAAUUGUUAUGAACUGUACCAGUGACAUUUUCGAGGCCUACGUUCCUCCAGAGGGAGACGGAAAAUUUUCAGUUGCAUCUAAAACAGGAUUUCAACAAACUGCAACAACAAUUGGCAAGAAAACAACUUCUAUGCUUUCAAUAAGAAAAAUUAGGAGCUACAUAGAAGAAUUUUCACAAGAAGCUUUCGCGGAAGAAGCCAGAGAUAUUUAUAUUAAAGCACACACUGCUUUAGCAGAGAAAGAUUUUGAUAACCUCACGGACCAUGUGACGGAAAAAGCAUACAUGGCAAUGACUCACAAUAUCAAAAACAAGCAGAUUCGGUGGAAAUUCAUCGAAUCGUUAGAACCUGCUCGAUUAGUUCGCGCUCGACAUCAGGGCGCAAAUGAUCAAAUGUACGCUCAAGUGACAGUACGAUUUCAUACCAAACAGUCCUUGGCCGUUUAUGAUCGAUUCGGACGCUUAAUGCACGGAAGUGAAUUUGUCGGAAAAGAUGUUUUGGAGUAUAUUGUCUUCGAGAGAUUCUUGACACACACCUAUGGAUCGUGGCGUCUUCACGCAAAAAUUAUUCCACCUUGGCAUCCAGAAAGAGAACCAAUUCCAACAACUGUUGUUAAACCUGUAAUUGAAGCAAAAGAAGAGCAAUUGCCGGUCGCCAAAGCUAAAGAAAUUCCACAAGUUCCUCGUUUAGAUGGUCAUUAAAAGGCGAAAAACACCAAUGAAAUUCUAUUUACGAAGUAUUGUUAAUAAAAAGAAAAUAUUAAAUCUUUUUUUUAAAUUCUAA